UCGAAUUCUACAACUUUGAGAACCAUCACAAAGUGCCAUGGCCUCUUUUGGUAGAACCAUCUUUUUUUCCCACUUACUAUUGCUCUUACUCCUUUCUUUGGCAAUCCAACCACAUGCUACUAGAGAGAGCAAGUUCUUUACUAAGCUCACUCAUUAUCUUUCCAAUUCACCAGCCCCAGCCCCAGCCCCAGCCCCAGUAUUGGUACCGGGGCUGGAUUCGAUGCCGCUGAGUCCAACACCAGCCCCAACACCUGCUGAGAAAGAAUAUGGUUAUGGUCUUUAUGGUCAAGAGUCGGGUGAGUAUUCUUCUGAGGAAUAUCGCACCUCGACCCUAGAUCAGGGUUUGAACAAUGAAAUGCCUAAAGAUGAUGAGUUUGAAAAAGGGUCUACUCAAUUUGAGAAGUUGUUAGAUAGUAAUAACAAUGGCUACAAUAAUAAUGAUAAUGCUUAUAACAAUAACUAUAAUGACAAUGGAAACCGAUUCUCAAGCUCCAUGGAUGAGAACAUAAAUGGCUACACAACCGGUAGGUACAACAACGACAACAAUGGAUAUAGCUACAAUCAAAACAACAAUGACAAUUAUAACACCAUGAGGUUCGGUAAUGAGAACAAUGGCAAUGAAUUCAUGAGCUCGAACGAGGAAAACCACGCCUACAACAACAACAAUGGGUACGUAAUGGAGCAACAAGGAUUGAGUGACACGAGAUUUUUGGAGAAUGGAAAGUAUUCUUUGGGUGCAAACAACAAUGGGAACUACCAAGAAACUAGUUAUGAUGAAGAAGUGAAUGAUAAUGGUACUCAAGGGUAUUACAAUAGGAAUGCUAAUGAAAAAUCAAAAUAUGAGUUUGACACUAUAGAAGAGUAUGAAAGGCAACAGGGGUAUCCAGAAAUUGACCCAAAAGGAUAUGUGCCUUAGGAAAUUAAGAUUUAAGAAUCACUAGUCUCUAUAAGUUAAGUAAUAAGUAGCAUAAUUUCAAAGCCAAUUGGAUGGUUAAAGAUAAUAGAAUGAAAAAGAGAAUUCAAAGUUA